AUGUCGCUCUCCCCUGACAGCAGCUUCUCGACGCCGACAUUGGACGUCAUUUCCAAUGUCGCGUCUUCUAACUCGACACCCCCCACCACCAUCGCCGACAGCGCCAGCAUGCACUCGGACAUGUCGAAGAAUUAUGUGAUUACCGUCGCCGUGGAUGCUGCCUCCGAGUCUGCCGACUUACCUAUGACCGACGCCGCCGCCGACGCCGCCGUCGAUCUGGACGCGCGCGCAGACGCGCAAGCGGAUGCCAAACGCGACAACGACCAUGCUGACCCUGCCGAACACGACGACUCCUCCACAACACCCGGCCGCGCUCGCCGGACGCGCGUCUCCCGGCCUGAAUACAACCUCUCCAAGCUGGCCGGCACUGCAGACCACGGGAAGAGACGCGCUAACGGCGAUGUUGUCUCCAACCGCCGGCGUCGAACCAUUGCCGGCACCACCAUGACGGACGAGCAGGCUGCCAACGGAACCCCUCAGCGCAAAAGCUCGAGGCCGGCACGCGACAAUGCAUCAAUUGACGCGCUGAACCUCCAGUCCCCGCCCAAGACUGCUAAACCCUCCAACACAAGACGCCAGGUCAAAGAAUCGCCUCUCCCCGUUCGCGUCACGAGACGGACCGCUCCUGCACUGUCGCCCCCCUCGAAACAGUCAGCACGAAGCAAACGCAGAUCCUCGACGAAGAUUGACGAAUCUCAGCUUCCGCGUGAGCUGCGCCGCCUGCAGGACACCAAGGAGUUUUCCCAUGUUGACGAGAAGCCCAUCAUCAUCACGGUUUGGUCCAACGGCAAAUAUAUCAACCCCAAUGAAGUCAACGAGGAGAAAGAGCAGCCGGCACGCAAGAAGACCAAAGUUGACACGCCUGGGACGCCCGACGAACCCAACAAGGAGGCACCCGAAUCUGUUAAUACAAAACAAAGACGCGUCAAGAAGUACCUCAAUAAGGGCCUGUAUGCCGGUCAGGAUGGCCCUGUCGACUUCGUCAAGGGCCUGACACCGGCUGAGAAGCAGAGCCUCUCUGAGCUGCCCGAGUUGAAGCCCAGCGGUCGCAUCAACAAGAUUAUGCCGCUGCCCAUAUACACGGGCAUGCGCACCCUCAUUUCCGGCCGCGACUUCAAACUGCCCUUCAACGUCUGCAAUCCUCUUCCGCCGGGCCAACCUAAGCCUGAUGAGUGGAAGAAGAUGACAAAGAACCGAUUCAUUGGAGGGUCCCGCGAGGUCUGGCGCAAGUCGCCACACUUCCACGACUAUCAGUCCAAGUGUGUGUGCAAGCCGGAGGAUGGCUGCAGCGAGAGCUGCCAGAACCGCAUCAUGCUGUACGAAUGCGACGAGACGAACUGCAACGUCGGUCGGCAGUACUGCACCAACCGCGCCUUUGCCGACCUGACGGCACGCCGCGCCAAGGGUGGAAAGUACCGUGUUGGUGUCGAGGUUAUCAAGACGUCAGACCGCGGUUACGGAGUCCGCAGUAACCGUUGCUUUGAGCCUCAUCAGAUCAUCAUGGAGUAUGCUGGCGAGAUUAUCACCGAAGAGGAGUGUGAGCGUCGCAUGAACGAGGUCUACAAGGAUAAUGAGUGCUACUACCUGAUGAGCUUUGACCAAAACAUGAUCAUCGAUGCCACCACGGGCAGCAUCGCACGCUUCGUCAACCACAGCUGCAACCCUAACUGCAGGAUGAUCAAAUGGAUUGUGUCGGGUCAGCCGCGCAUGGCCUUGUUUGCCGGCGACAACCCCAUCACGACGGGCGAGGAACUGACGUACGACUACAACUUUGACCCCUUCUCGGCUAAGAACGUGCAAUCCUGCCUCUGCGGCGAGCCAAACUGCCGCGGCAUCCUGGGCCCCAAGACGCGCGAGCAGAAGAUCAAAGCUAGCCUGCAGAAGGCGGUCAAAGAGACCAUCUCGACCGGCAAGCGCAAGCUCAAGGACCUGACCGGCAGCGGCGAGGACAAGGAUAACAAGGCCAAGAAGCCCCGCAUCACGAGCACCAAGGAGGCCCUGGCCACCGUGGGCAUCAAGAUGGCCAAGGGGACCGCUAUCGCCGUCCGCAAGGGGAUGUCGUCGACUGUCUCCAACGCCAAGAAGGCUCUGGGUAGCGGCCAGGCUUCGAAAUCCGUGAUGAGCAAGACGACGGCGAACCGCGUUUCCAAGGCCUACGGCAAGGGCGGCGCCGCCAAGACCAAACUACAAAAGGGGCCUGCGUCAAAGACGGCAAAGAAGGCCGCCGGAAAGGCUGCUUCCAAGACUGGAGCAAAUGCUGGAGACAAGUCUCCCGCCAAGGCUGCAGCGAAGCCUACGGCCAAGGCCACACCCAAGGCCGCACCCAAGACAACGGCCAAGGCUUCUAUCAAAGCCUCAGUCAAGACCACUGCCAAUAAGGUGCUCAAGACGGCGGUCAAUACCAAGACGGCUCGCAACAAGAUGGCGGUCACAAAGGUCCGCCCUCUCAAGAAGGCUGCAGCCGCACCGCGCAUGACGGCGGCGGAGAAGAUGAAGGAAGAGCUGGACAGGCAAUACGAGAUUACUGUAGCUGAUUCCGACUGA